CUAUCACUCUUUAUAGUUAGAGAAGAUAUUUUUAUAUAACAUUUAAAUAUUAUUUUUUCAUAACAGAAGCGGUUAUUAUAUAAAAGUAAGAAGAAACAAACCAUGGGUAAAUUACAACUGUAGAAAGCAAGUCGAUAAAAUAUAUGCGAGAAACAUAUCGUCAUGAAUUCACUUUCAAGAAUACAAGAUUAAGGAACACGAUAUGGAGCUAAUGACUUUGGUGCCGGACUUCAAGAUAGUGCCAAAUACUCGUCAUUCACCGUGCGUGAAACAUAUUUGCGAAGUGCCGACAGAAGAAGAUCCACUGACAACGCUGAUUCCUGGAAGAACUGCCUGGCCAAUAUUGCGACGUUGGAUCCUGAGUACGCGGAUAGCGUCUCGCAGACAUCCAUUUACGCGAUGGUAUCUGAAGAGUAGCAAGGCGUUUUAUUAUGAGAUUAGCCGGCACAUCCAAACUUAUCCCUAUAUGAUUCAUCCCUUCAGUUCAUUCAGAAUAACAUGGGAAACCGUGAUGACACUGUUCAUCGUAGUAGCUCUGAUAGUCACACCGACUCUUUUCACGUUCUACUCUGAGAAUCACGAAAAAUGGCAUAUUAAUCACACGAUCAACGUUGUGUUCAUCUGUGACAUAACGAUACGAUUUUUCACCGGUUACUACGACUAUCAAACACAAUCGAUAGUUCUAAACCCAAAAAUCGUAGCGAGCAAGUACUUGAGGGGAUUCUUUGUCUUGGAUAUAUUAUCUGUAUUACCUUUAGAACUUCUUACUACGGUUCCCGAAUCGGUAUGGUACCUGAAGUCAUUGAACCUGCUCAAAAUAUUAUGGCUACGGAUCAUGCUCGUAUAUUCACGCAGACUUUAUUAUAUGUACGGAAUAAACUUUCACUUGUAUAAAAUCGCGGAGGUGGGCGCUAUUCUCGUCGUAUGCGUGCACUGGGUUGCCUGUCUGGAGUAUUAUAUACCGUUAGUUGUCGCUAAGUUAGCCGGAUCGGAUGACGAGUCGUGGAUUCGAUCGCCUUACAUGUUGAAGAGAGAAACCAAAUUCCGAAUUUAUCUAGCUUGUAUGCACAGAGCUCUCAUUGCACUAGCCGGCUCCGCACAUUACUUAAAUAUGUGCACGACGGAAGAUAUAGUGUACAAUUUAAUUCUCACUAUCCUCGGUUCUCUCAGUUUUAUUUACUUGCUAGCACGAUUUUCGCAAUUACUGACAACGUUUCACUCCACCAGCAAGAGACACUUGAAAUUAACUCAACAGCUGCGGCAGUACAUGAAACAUAAGGAACUUCCAUACUUCCUGCAACAACGGUUGCUGACAUAUUAUAACUUUCAUAACAGAAAAGGGCUCGAGAGAGACAAGCAAAUUAUAAAAUAUGUGUCACCUUGUUUGCGAGAGAAGAUUCUUUUACACAACUAUACGAGUCUGCUAAAUAAUGUGGAGCUGUUCAGACACCUGCCGCAGAUAGUAGUGACGCAAUUGGCUGGCGCACUGCAUUCGGAGAUUCUUAUAACGAAUGACGUAUUGAUCAAGGCUGGCACACGUGGCGACGCAUUACACAUUAUCGCCUCCGGCACCGUGGCCAUUUUUAAUAAUAUAGGAAAGGAGAUUUGCCACUUGGAAGACGGCGCGUACUUCGGCGAGAUAGCAUUAGUGAUGGAGGACGAGUGGCGGAUCGCUAGCGUCGUGGCUGUGGAGAAUUGCGAAGUGCACGUUCUUUCGCGCGUCAGCUUCCAACGCAUCCUGAUGCCGUAUCCUGAUCUAUUAAAUCAUCUAAGAAACGUUGCGCUCACGUUCCUGGAGCAAAUGCUGCCGCUCGAGGAGGCGUACGAACUAGAUUCCUCGGCAUUGACAUCCGUUAAGAUUAACAUCAGUAGCAUAAAGACCAAGAGGAGGGACUGAGUUGGCGAACAAGGUAAAGCAGAUGCGCCCAAUUGUUCUGAUAACUCGAUGUCCUAGCAAGAAUCUUUUUAAUCAUCUGUUAAAAGCGAAUUUAAUUAGCUUUUUGAGAUCAGGAGGUUCAGUGAUGAAAUAUUAGAGUAUUAUCCAGUGUUAUCCAAUGUUAGAAAUAUCAAAAAGAAGAGAAAUAAAAAAAUUUCGUAUGAGAUUUCAAACGAAGUCAUUAUACUACGUCAUCUUGUGCGACGUCAUCUUCGCCUCUUUUAUUCGUCUCGUAAAUACUCAA